ACCAUGGGCAGCAGUUGUUGCUAUUUCUUGUUCAAUCCCUGGGACACACAACACUAAUUAAAGCUUCCUAUCCAGUAGCAGGUAGGACUCACAGCCAUGAACUACAAGAUGUCGAGGGACAAAAUGUGAUGCCUGCUGACCAUUGCUCUCCUGCUCUGAAGUGGCAGCCAUACCAAAGUGUUCCUUGGCAUAGUUUACUGAACACCCACUAUGAAAAGCUACCUGAUAUAGGCUAUCAAGUUGUCACAGACAAAGGAUUUAAUUAUUCACCAGCAGAUGAAGCUUUUGUUUGCCAAAAGAAGAACCACUUUCAGAUAACCAUCCACAUCCAAGUUUGGGGAAGUCCAAAAUUUGUCAAAACCCAAAUGGGCCUAAAGCCAAUAGAAAUGUUUUAUUUGAAAGCUUUCGGGGUUAAGGUAGAAGCCACCAAUCAAAUAAUCACUAUUGAACAGUCCCAAGCAGAUAGAAGUAAAAAGAUUUUCAAUCCUGUCAAAAUUGAUCUGCUGGCUGAUCAGGUCACCAAAGUAACCCUGGGGCGGCUGCACUUCAGUGAGACCACUGCCAACAACAUGAGAAAGAAGGGAAAACCAAACCCGGAUCAAAGGUACUUCAUGCUGGUGGUCGGACUGUAUGCUGCUAGCCAGGACCAGUUCUAUCUGCUGUCUGCCCACAUCUCUGAACGGAUCAUUGUAAGGGCCUCUAACCCUGGGCAAUUUGAAAAUGACAGUGAUGCAUUAUGGCAGCGGGGACAAGUUGCAGAUUCUGUUGUCUGUCACAGUCGAGUGGGAAUAAACACAGAUGCACCGGAUGAAGCCCUGGUUGUCUGUGGCAACAUGAAAGUGAUGGGGACAAUUAUGCAUCCCUCUGACAGCCGGGCCAAGCUGAAUAUCCAGGAGGUUGACACAAAUGAACAGCUGAGAAGAAUAGCUCAAAUGAGGAUUGUUGAAUACGACUACAAACCUGAAUUUGCAUCUGCAAUGGGAAUAAACACUGCCCAUCAGACAGGAAUGAUUGCCCAGGAGGUGCAAGAGAUCCUGCCCAGAGCUGUAAGAGAGGUUGGUGAUGUCACCUGUGAAAAUGGAGAGACACUGGAGAAUUUCCUCAUGGUUGAUAAGGAUCAGAUCUUUAUGGAAAAUGUAGGGGCAGUGAAGCAGCUCUGCAAACUAACCAACAACCUUGAAGAAAGAAUAGAAGAGUUAGAAAUAUGGAAUAGAAAACUGGCCAGGCUAAAGCGGCUCAGUAGCUGGAAGUCCACGGCCAGUGAGGCCAGCUCGGUCAGCAAACUUAGCAGAACUGUCAAUACAUCUUCUCCAAGAAGAGCCAUUUCCAAAAAACCCAACAAGGUGCAUUUUUCAGGAAAAAAGCAGUCAUGUCCAAACUGGAUUUUCCAGACCUUGGUUAUAACACUAAUUGCUGUGAUGGCAUUUUGUGCCUUGAUGAUAGUCUCCCUUUACAUACUUAGCUUAAAAGAUCAAGACCGGCGUGACCCAAAUCUCCUCCCAAGCAAUAUCACAGGCUCUCCUCCAGCUCCUCUGCCACCCACAGCCUCCCCUUCAGCGCCUCACACCUCUCUAGCGACUACACAGUCUUCCAUCCAAGUACCUGAAAUCACCUUCUGUGAAAUCCUGCCAUGUCAGGAGUCUUUCUGCUGCCCCAUCUGGGAAAGGAGAAGAACUUUCUCGGGUCCUUUGCACAGACAGAACAAGAAGGAGAAGGAAAUUCGUCAGAGAUCGUGGGCUGAAGACAGAAACAAGUCAUUCCUGGCGAGAGAUGUUCUGACAGACCUGGACUGGGGGAGUGACUGGAUUGAUACAACCAUCAGUUCUAUUCAGAUUAUGGAAAUCCAGCAAGUAAUAGACCGUCGGUACUGCAGCCGAAGUCUUCAGUGCGGGUCUGGAAAUUACAAUUACAAUAUUCCUGUUAAUAAGUACACACCCACCAAUGUGAAAUUCUCUCUGGAAAUCAACACAACAGAGCCAUUGAUAGUCUUUCAGUGCAAAUCCACCCUUGGAAAUAUAUGUUUCCAUAAUAAAAAGGAAGUCAAAUGGAUGCAAAGUCACCAAGAAGUCUCCCAGGAUAUGACACAGGGCUAUCAGCACAUUUGGAGCCUUGCUGUGGCCCCUUUCUUUGAUAGUGCCUACCAUUUCCGUGUAGCUGCACCGGAUUUAGCUGACUGUUCAACAGACCCAUAUUUCGCUGGGAUAUUCUUUACAGAUUACUUCUUUUAUUUCUAUCGACACUGUGACUAAUUUAUUCAGGUUUGGUUGUGGACUUUGCCAAAGGAAAUUACUCAGAAGCACACUUAAUGGAAACAUACAUCCUCACACAGCUCCUUUCUUCUCCUUCUCCUCUUUCUCCUCCUCCUCCUUCUCCCUCUUCUUCUCUUUCUCUUUCUCCUCCUCCUCCUCCCCUUCUUUGCAAAACAUUCACAUUCAUUGCCAAAGGACUUUUCCAGACUUGGUUUCCAACAGUCUUGCGACAUUAAUGAGAAUAAAAUGUUUGCUAGAA